GUUUAUUAACCGCCGUUUUUAUCGGUUGGACGGGACAGGUGUUGGGGUGUAAUGUUUGAAAAAUCAGAAUAAUAAUAAAUACGAUGUUAUAGAUUUGAUUUUAAUGUUGAAGUGUAGUGUAAAGUUUUUUAUCCAAAAUUAAUUUGUUUUUAUUUUUUAUUUACAGGCUGACAAUUAAUUAGAAUUAAUAAAAUGGACAACUAUGAUAAACUGGAAAAAAUUGGAGAAGGAACAUAUGGAGUCGUUUACAAAUGUAUGGAACUUUCGUCAAAAGAAAUUGUUGCUGUGAAGAAAAUUCGUAUGGAAAUGGAAGAUGAAGGUAUACCUGCUACAGCCAUUCGAGAAAUAAGUAUUUUGAAAGAACUCAAUCAUCCAAAUAUUGUGAAUUUACGUGAAAUUCUUAUGGAUGAUUCAAGAUUAUAUCUUGUAUUUGAGUUUGUUCCUAUGGAUCUAAAAAAAUUCAUUGAUUCAAGGCCUAAAAAACAUCUAGAUGAAAUUACUACAAAAUCAUUUACUUAUCAAUUAUUAGUUGCUAUAUACUUUUGCCAUGUGAGACGAAUUUUACAUAGAGAUCUGAAACCUCAAAAUAUCUUAAUUGAUACUAAGCAUAACAUACUAAAAGUUGCUGAUUUUGGGUUAGGCCGUACUUUUGGUUUGCCGAUUCGUGUGUACACUCAUGAGGUUGUAACACUAUGGUACAGAGCUCCUGAAGUAUUACUAAACACACAACGUUAUGGUUGCCCUAUUGAUGUUUGGUCCAUAGGAUGUAUAUUUGCAGAAAUGGCACAAGGAAAGCCAUUAUUUCAAGGAGAUUCAGAAAUUGAUCAAUUAUUUCGUAUUUUCAGGAUUUUAACUACUCCUACUGAAGAUACAUGGCCAGGUGUUUCUGAUCUUAAAGAUUAUAAGCCAACAUUUCCAAAAUGGAGUGAUAAUAUGUUAGCAGAUUCAGUUAAAAACCUCAGUUCUGGUGGAGUGGACUUAAUGCGGCAAAUGUUGGUUUAUGACCCAAGCAAACGAAUCAAUGCAAGAGAUUCACUCCAACAUAGUUAUUUCAAGGAUUUAAAUAAAAGUAUUUUACCAGCUCUUCCAGAAAUUAAGUUUUAAAUAUUAAUUAAUAUCUAUGUAUUAAUAAUAAUUUUAAUUUUUAAUUUAAUUAUUAUAAUUUUUAAUUAAUUUAAAUAUAAAAUACAAUUUUACAUUUAAUAA